UGCUCUUCGCAAUCUAUCCAAAUCUUUCUCAAUUCCUGCCACCAUGACUCGUUUCUUCUGCUGUGGAAGCUACUUCCCAGGCUAUCCUUCCUAUGGGACCAAUUUCCACAGGACCUUCAGAGCCACCCCCCUGAACUGCGUCGUGCCCCUUGGCUCUCCCCUGAAUUAUGGUUAUGGAUGCAAUGGCUACAGCUCCCUGGGCUACGGUUUUGGUGGCAGCAACUUUAGCAACCUGGGCUGUGGCUAUGGGGGCAGCUUUUAUAGGCCAUGGGGCUCUGGCUCCGGCUUUGGCUACAGCACCUACUGAUGGAUCAUGACUCCAGAUGACUACGGGAUUCGCCCUCAAUUCUCUGUGUGCAGAGCACCCUGAAAAACAAUGACUGUCUUCCUGCCUCCAGAAACACUUGAGAGAGAUACAUCUUCCAUGUUUUUGCAGUCUUCUUGCUGAGAUCCUGAUCUUUGACAUUGCUGAACAAGUCACCCAGGCAUCAAACGCUGAGCUGAUACUCAUCUACAACCAAAGCAAGAUUUUGUAUUUCUCUAACAUACUUGAAUUUUACUAAUGACACACACAGUCUGUCUCUUAUGGUGGCUCUGCCCAUGUAUCACUAAAUUCUACAUCAAUGUCAAUGCAUUACUACUAAAUGUGUGAGCAGGAAGGGGUCUUGCUGUUCAUCACAAUAAAUCCAAUUCAUUC